ACGCGGAGAGGACAGGAGGGGAACGGGUUGUUACGCCCACCGGAAACGGUCUCUGCAGUGCCAGCAGAAAAAAUGAAAAGGAGGUGGACCUGCCUUCCCAUUUAUUGAGUUUAUUCCUCGCAUAUUUUCCCUGCACGCGUGCGUUUUGAAUGCCACAAUCGUGCGGAAGCAGCGUGGAGACUCCCGGUGGCAUGACUGGACGUGGACUGUGUUCGCCGUCUGACAAAGUAGUGCGCCGACCGGGUUGGGAACGACGCACCGGCCGAGAGUAGACCGAGCGGUUGAAGGCAGCGCGGUCCUGCCCAUUUUCAAUGACCACCCUUCAGUGCUAGCGAGACAAGCUUCGCUGGCGACACCGCGACCAUGGGAGGCUACCAUGAGUCUACUUAAGUAGUAUUGCCGCCGAGCCCCCCUCCCCUCCGUAGAAUAACGGUUCCAACAUGCCCGACUGGUGGUGCUCCAUGAGGCUCUCCUUUGCCUGAUAUCAGCGUUACAGGCCUGCUUUUUCCAUCUGGAAAUUUCUUGGCAGGGGAAAGCAGGCCGGCUAGCACCGCUAGCGUUCGCCUUUUCCGGGCUGCGUCUCUGGGGCUCGACGGUGCAGAUUGUGUCCAUGCCCACGCCCGUGACACUGUCGACUAUCAAUUUGGGGACUUUGUUUAAACUCCCAAGAAGUGUUUUAUGGGAUUCAUAUCGGCGAGCAAGACGCGGGCCUAAGCCAAGAUGGUGAACUGGAGGCGGCUGCUGCGAAUGUCCAACCGCUCGUUCCUGGCCUUCAUAUUCUUCUUCUCCAUGUCCACCACUUGUCUCUACUUCAUCUAUGUGGCUCCUGGAAUAGCCAACACAUACUUCUUCAUGGUGCAGGCUCAGGGCAUCAUGUUGAGGGACAAUGUGAGGACCAUCGGCCAGAUGAUUCGAUUGUACACCAACAAGAACAGUACGCUCAACGGGACGGACUAUCCUGACGGCAGUAACUCCAGUGAAUACCUGGUGCAGCCAACCACGUACCUCCCGGAGAACUUCACCUACGCCCAGAACCUCCCCUGCCCAGAGCGAUUACCUUCUAUGAAGGGCCUUAUGGACGUGAACAUGACGGAGAUCCCUAUGGAGGAGAUAGAGCAGAAGUUCUCCAAGUUUUAUGACAUUGACUUCGGAGGCCAUUGGAAACCAAAGGACUGCAGUCCUCGCUGGAAGGUGGCCAUCCUGAUUCCAUUUAGAAACCGCCAUGAACAUCUGCCCAUCCUCUUCCAACACCUCAUCCCCAUGCUGCAGAGACAGCGGCUGCAGUUUGCCUUCUACGUCAUCGAACAGAGUGGAAGCCAGCCCUUCAACAGAGCCAUGCUCUUCAACGUGGGGUUCCUGGAGGCCAUGAAGGACCUGGACUGGGACUGCUUGAUCUUCCAUGAUGUGGAUCACAUCCCCGAAAACGACCGGAACUACUACGGCUGCGGUCAGAUGCCGCGUCACUUCGCCGCCAAGCUGGACAAAUACAUGUACAUUCUUCCAUACAGCGAGUUCUUCGGUGGGGUGAGCGGUCUGACUGUGGAGCAGUUCCGCAAGAUCAAUGGCUUUCCCAAUGCAUUCUGGGGCUGGGGAGGAGAGGAUGAUGACUUGUGGAAUAGGGUUCACUAUGCUGGUCUGAAUGUCACGCGACCAGAGGGAGAGAUCGGCAAGUACAAGUCAAUUCCUCACCACCACAGAGGAGAGGUGCAGUUCCUCGGGAGGUAUAAACUGCUGAGGUACUCCAAAGAGCGGCAACACUUGGACGGCCUCAACAACCUCCAUUACAGCCCCCAUUCGUCCCUCAGCAGCCUCUACAAGAACAUCACGGUGGACCUGAGCCCAGAGCUCGCCCCCAUCGCAGACUACUGAACUGCCCUUCUCCACACACCCCUGCUUCUUUGCGGCCUGGCCUCCCCAGGAGAGGAGAGGAGAGGAGAGGAGAGGAGAGGAGAGGAGAGGAGAGGAGAGCUGGAGGCCCAGAGGGAGGGGUGAAGAAGCCACGAAAUGCUGCCAAGAAAUCAUAGCGAGGGGCAAAAAAAAAAAGGAAAAAAACCGAAGAGGCGGUGGCAAGUCUCUCAACGUGAACUGUUGAUUGUGUGUGUGUGUGUGUGUGUGUGUGUGUGCGCGCGAGAUGGGUGAGUUGCUGCAUGUCUUUUGGUCUGCCGGCUUAACUACUACAAGUUGACAUGAGUUGGUUGAGGUUGGAGGGAGCAGCAGCGGCUCAGCUCUGAUGUUUGCUGCAAAGCCUUAACGUGGCAGAACCACGGCUCCCUCCGCUCGGCGCCGCUUCACUUCUGAUGUUUCACCGUCACCUUACAAGCCAACAGACAAGCUCUUGUCUCACUUUCGACUAUAGUUUGUUUUCUACAUAUCAUUUUGUCAGGCGAAAGUAUUCCUUUUCUCAAACUGAGCGAGGUUGACGUUAAAGUUUGUGAUGUAAAUUUAUCACUUUUCUUUUUUUAUUCUUCUUUCUUUCUUUUUUGAUACGUGGUAUUUAUUUUCUCUUGAUUCGGGAAGUUCGAAGGAGCACUCCAGUCGGUGUCACUCAAGUGUUCGCUGCUUGUUUUUUGCUGCACUGCUGCUGAAUCCGCAUGAACAUGUAUGUAAAUAUCGUAAAAGCUCGAACACAGAACACAGAUAUGUAAAUAUGGGCCUUUAAAUGCUCGGGCGUAUUACAGUGAUAUUCCAGUGGGUUUGAAUUUUAUUUUGGCAGCUACCUUUGUUCUAAGGAUUUAAUAAGAGUGAGUGGUUUCUUCCUGACAGGAAGAUCUUCUAACAAUAUAGGAUGUUUGGCUUAAAAAAAAAAACCCAGAAGUAUCCAAAUCUUAAGGUUUGACAUUAUCUUUUGCAUGCCUUAAUUUAUUUUUGUUUACCAGAUUUUGUUCUUUUUAUAUCAAACAUUUCAAACAUAAGUUAUUUCAUCAGUUAGAGAUGUGUAUAUUCUUCAUUUUGCCUUGUUGUGCUUUAUUAUUUCUUCUUUUUGAGGUGAACUGUGUGAAAAGAUUAGAGCUGCUCCUCAGAAGGAGGGAGGUGUGGCCAAGUCUCAUGUAAGAGUGUAUAUAUCUUUUGUCUCGGAUGUGUUUUUACUUUUAGAUAUUGUUUUUUUUAUUUUUUAUUCUGAUGAUUUAGUGCUGGACCAUGUGAUAAAGCUCUUCAUUGUACUGUACCAUGCGCUGAAGCAUGGGGAUUUGGGCUGGAUGCUGUGUGUCUGGACUGUAGUGUAGUUAUUUUGUAAAGGCAGUCAGAAGGGCCAGAAUGAGAGAACUGCUGUUCUUGAAUGGCACGCGCUGUGAAAAGUUUAAUUUUCUUCGAGCUUUGAGCACUAUAACAUAGAGAGAGACGUGUAGGCAGAUUAUUUUUUGACCAGAUGUUCUGGUGUUCACUGUUAAGACCUCUAGGUUUUGAAUUUGACAAUGAAUAGUUGUGUGUUAGAACGCUUUCCUGAGACCUUAGAGUCCCAACUCUGACCAUUUCUGUCCCACGCCUUCGUCCUGUUGCUCGCUCCAUGAGAGGCCCCUGUACACUGUGCCCUUAUUGGCCCUUCAUCUCAUUGAGCCUUUGGAAGAACCUCAGAACUACAGGGUCUCCGUGUGACUGCUGCAGGGACCCUCGUCUACAGACCAACCAAUCAGACGAACUGGUGGUCCAUAGCUCCAGGCACCACGGUAGCUUUCCAUGAAGUCCAUUCAAUAGCUGUUCUGGAGCUUUUGAUCUUAUCACAUGGUCUUCAUCAACGGAUGGAUUUUGCCCCAUCGCCGUCUAGUCGUAGAUGGAUCGAGGGCAGCAGAUAUCCAACAAGGCAACCUCUGGCUGCUGAUAAAGAUCAUGUGAAAUGAAGAAGCUACUAAAUGGUCCUGUGAGAUGAGCGCGAGUGGCAGCAGGUGAAUGAGGCACGGAGUUUCUUCUCCGAGAUGAAACAAUUUUUCGAUUUUAAUCAAUUGGUAGAUUGACAUAAAGUUAAUCUGAGACUAAUUUCAUAGGUUAUGGGAAUACUCCCCCUGUGUAACCUUGGGUACUUGAAGGAAACGGUGAUGAGAUUUGGUGAGUGGAUGGUCAGUAAGAUGCAGGUUUCAGGUAUGAAGUGGCCAGAGUCACGUUUCUGUUUCAGUUUUGAAGAAUCGCAUGUCCGUCAGUGCAGCCAGGGGAAAGGCCGUCUUCAAGCCACCAGAUAUAUCCCGACCUCACCCCUUCUCCCAAAAAAGCGAUCGUCAACCUGUAUGUGUUUCCAGAGUUUAAGAUGUUCCUCAAAGUCUGAUCCACAGAGCUUUAACGCUUCGUAGCAGGUCGGAAGAGACGAUUGGCGUUGCAGUCCGUCUACUUCCUGUCUGGAGGAAUGGGAUGUUGGAUUAGCAGACUGGUCCCCUUUCUUAGCUUAGCACCACACGUUAGCAUAUGCUGUUCAUGGUCUGACUGUAGCAGUAAGCUGGAGCGUUAUCAAUAUGUGGCGGCUCUCUGACUCCUGGGGUUCAGCUGGUUGGGGUGGAUUGGAGUCUUCUUCCACCAACAGAAGCAUAGUCGAUGAGGCCAGAAGUACUGAAGUAUUGAUUUAUUUCACUCAUCGUUGGGCUUUCAUUUUCUUCUCUCUGUUUAUAGUUUUUAUUACAUUUUUUUGCAAUUGCUGAAACACAAUUUCUAAAACUAAACAAAAACUAAACCACAAAACAUCUUGCUUCUCUUUCAAAAGCAAACGCAUUCAAGACUAUAUAUAUAUAUAUAUACACUGUUCUAAAACGGAUAUUUCUGCCACAUCGCAACUCAUGUGUAGCAUGCUGUAAAUACAGAACACAUAUCUGAACACAUGCAGUACAUGGAUUCAUCUCAAUACUCAAUGUCCACCAAAGAGCAAACCUGAGUCAUCUUUCACGCUCUAAUCUGUAAGUGAUCCAAUUGAUUCCACGUGUUUUUUCACAGGUGCAUUCUGGGUGCAGGCAUGAUAGUGUUGAAUUUCAAUGGCAGUUUUUAGCAAGCAACACGCAAGCUUUUAGCCUUGAAUGAUGUGUCUGAUGUCAUUUGACACAUCAUGCUCAAUAAUUGUUCCACAAGCACCAGUUUUUGAGUCUUGGUAGUUGCAAAAAAAUAAAUGAAUCCAUGUGAGGAGAGCGUGUCCCGGCAUGGGGAGGUGUUGGAUGGUGUGACGAGGGAGUCGGCGUGGCCAGCUGAUCUGGGGGUGUCAAAGUGCUAACUUUUCUAAUGAGUUGUUGUUCGUCCUCGUCCCUGGUGAGGGAGGGAGGCCCUACAGCCCCUUCUCUUCACAUGACUACCUAAAGUCUCAAAGUAUGUGAGAGACGUAUUCUGACGUAUUCUGUGUUCCAUUUUGCAGUAUUUGUUUGUGCCUUUGAGUUUGUUUUCUUUCUUUUUCACUUUACAUUGUGACUGAAGAGAUUACAGAUGUUUUGUCCCCCAUUAAAUAAACCAUAUCAAAUCAAGAAUCCAACACAUGUGGUGAUCCACAUCGACCGUGGCUGCUGAGGUUUCAUCUCAUUCCACCAACAACAACAAAAUGGAAUACAAACCGAGCGUCACUGACUCCUAUCGUCGACAAGUUCAAGCCCAACCUGUGAGGCUCCUGCAGCCUUCAAUGUGCAUUGGCCCAGCCGACACACACAUGCACAUACCUGGACAAAAUAAUGUGACCUCCUUCUAGUCUCCGUGUGCAUGAUGACCAGAGCAGCUUUCCACUGACGAGCGGUUCCAGCAUGAUGGUGAUCGGACGCGGUCAUUCCCCGGACUCAGCUAUCUGGGUUCCAGGCUUUUACAUCACGAUGUUCAUCAUUGUAUGACGUUAUUUUUUUCUUUGCCUCUCAAAAAUGUUAAUUUGUAGAACUUGACUGAUAGAAGGAGAGCAAUGUGCAUACAGAAAAUAUGCUCAAUAUGUGCUCAUUCUGAACCUCCGUUGUAUAACUUAAUCCAUGUCUGGGUCACCGUUCUUUCAGAACCACAGUUGAGGAAACUAUAUAAAGUAUUAAUCACAA